ACUUCAGUGCUAGUAGAAGUUUUAACAAAGUUUUAAAGGCUUUGAACACAUUAGCACCAGAGAUGUUAGUCAAACCUGGAUCUGCAGUGCCAGCCAAAAUAAGGGAAAGUACAAGGUUUUACCCUUACUUUAAGGAUUGCAUCGGAGCGAUCGAUGGCACACAUAUUCCAGCAAUGGUAACAGGAGUUGACGUAAGCAGCUAUCGUAAUCGUCACGGAACAAUAUCACAAAAUGUAUUAGCAGCUUGUAACUUUGAUUUAGAAUUCAUAUAUGUGCUUAGUGGGUGGGAGGGCUCAGCUCAUGAUUCAAGAGUACUAAAUGAUGCUUUAACAAGGAGGAAUGGACUUAAAUUUCCUAUUGAAUUGGAGAACGAAUCUUCAUCUUCAUCAUUACCAGUUAAUGAAGGAGAUCCUGAACUAGUUUUCCAAACACAAGAACAACAACGAGCACAUGCUAAUGAAUGGAGGGUUGGUAUAGCUUUGAACAUGUGGAGAGAUAUUGGCCACAAUGACACCAAUGAGAAUUAACGAUAACGAAUGAAUGUUGCAU